GACAUCCAAUUGAAUUGCCCGUCUUCAUAUCUCGAGCGGUCUGCUGAUGUCUGAAUUCACCCCCAUUUAAUUCCGAAUUGUACUUUCUCCUUUCCAAAAUCUGACAGUGAAAUUGCCUGAGAUCAGAGUGUUGGAUAAUACCUGAAGUUUCGUCAUGGCGGGUGUUGUGAUUGAAAACCUCAGCACAAAGAAAUUGAUGGGAAUUGUUGUUCUCCUUCUGCUGCUGCAAAUCAUCUGUUUUCUUGUGGGUGGUCUUAUCGCACCCUCGCCAACUUCUGCCCACACCCAUCUGGCUACAAAGUGUGUUGACCCCGCCAUCAGUCUUCAGAAGGCCUUUGUACCCCAUGGACCCGAUGCCUGCUCAAAGGUGUCCACAUUCGCCGAGGCGACGGAAAAGAACAUUGAGGCGGAUUGGAUCGUCUUUUCUAUCCUGAUGCCCCACCGUCCGAACAGGAUGGACCGCAGUUUCCAGUACAUGCUGGGUGUGAUGUCGCUGGAUAUUGUUUAUAAGGAGGAUAAUGAUAUGGGUGACGAGCCUGAACUGACCCUCCUUGUUGAGAUGAUGUAUAAUAACAAUGACAAUGCUCAAGGUGAAUGGAAAAAAAUGUACAGUAUCAAUGAGACCAGGAAACUCAAGUGUGAAUUCUAUCAUCAGAAGACUCCUGAAGCAGAAGGAUAUAGCUAUGACUGUGAGCCCAUCCCCCUCUUUGAGCUUGGUACAGUGCAUCACAAGUACUACCUCCUCAACGUCAGGUUACCCGUCUGGGAAGUCGACCCUGAUACACAGGAAGUCAUCAGAGAACUCAACACCAAUCUUGGAGCAGUCCAGGAACUCUCUGUUGUUGAGAUUCAUCAGAAUGGUGGAUUCACGCUGGUGUGGUUAACGUUGAAGACGGCCCUGUUCCCACUGGUUAUCCUAGCUAUGAUCUGGUUCUGGAAGAGGAUUGUUCAGCUGGCAAGGCCACCAGUGCUUCUUGAGAGAACAAUCCUAGCUCUGGCCAUCACAAUUAGCAUUCUAAAUUUACCUUUAGAGUGGCUAACAUUCUUCCAUGACAUGCCCUAUAUGUUAUUACUAAGUGACAUCCGACAAGGGGCCUGCUAUGCUAUGCUCUUUUCAUUCUGGAUCAUCUUUGUUGGAGAGCACAUGAUGGAUCAACAAGAGAGGAAUCGAUUGAAAGUUUACUGGAGACAAGUCGGUUCUAUGACUCUGGGCUGCAUGUGUCUCUUUGUUUUUGACGUUGUAGAAAGGGGUGUUCAGUUGACGAAUCCUUUCUACUCUUUGUGGAACACUGAGACGGGCAGACGUCUAGCUAUGAUCUUUGUGGUACUUGCUGGUAUCUGUGGCUUCCUAUAUACCAUCUUCCUUGUCUUCAUGGUCUGGGGUGUCUUCAAGAAUAUCAGCAUGAAAAGAGCUGCCCUUCCACAUAUGGUAGCUGCUAGGAGACUGCAUUAUGAGGGACUGAUCUACCGUUUUCGCUUCUUCAUGUUAUUCACCCUCGUCUGCGCCGUCAUGACGGCCAUCUUCUUUAUCUUCUCCCAAAUCAAUGAGGGCAACUGGAAGUGGGGGGAGGACAAGCACAACAUCCAGUACAGUAGCGCUUUCUUCACAGGGGUGUACGGCAUGUGGAACAUCUACGUUCUGGCAGUGCUCAUUCUCUAUGCUCCGUCACACAAGAACAAACCUUUAAGUUUCCAGAAUGGUAAGUGAGGCUUUAGCUGUUUGUUUGAAAUCUUGGGGGGUGUUUCGUCGUCAUCGUGCACCGACAACUGUCAGUUGACAAGGCUGAUAAUUGACUGAGAAUGAAUGGCUUCAGACCGUUACUAUGACAACUGUCAGUGAUUGACUAUUUGUUAGUGCUCUCAAUUUUCAUAAAACAGUGCCCUGGGCUUCUUGGGAUCCCUUCAAUUCAAAUUUACCCUAUAAACAAGGUUUUUAAAAACAUUUAGUUAAAUAAAACAGACUUAUUCAGUCAGCUUUUCAUCAGUCAUAAAAAUAAACUUCUUUCAAAAUGCAAAUAUCAAAGGCUGAACAUUUUGGAAAGAGAUUUUGCGGAAGGAGAAAGUGAAUGAAACACAACAGAGGUCUUGGUCAUUCUCCAACAGGACUUUUGGUUCAAACAUGUAUUGCAUAUACUACAAGGUUGACCUUGACUUCCAGGUUCAAGCUCCAUUAUCUGCAUUGUGUGGUGGGUGGGCUUAAAAAAGAGGGAAAGACCUGAAACUGAACAUCCUCCCCAAUUAAUCAUGAUUUGUGCGUUUAUUUCAUUGGUGAUUCCCGUUUGUUAUCUUAAUCUAGACUAGUAUACUUUAAUAAUGCACACCACCCCUGUAUGCUGUGAGCAAGAAGAAAUUGUAGGAAGAAUGCCUACCUGUAUAACUGGUAUUUCUUAUAGUAUUGAUAAAAGGGGAAUCCAUGUUUAGGAAUAAUAUGGUGUGUAUGAGAGGAAAAUCAAAACAUAGCCGUGGAAACUUUAAAGAAAUUGCAAAAGUAAUAAUUAAGUUAUGACUCAAUUAGUAUUGGAUCACUAAGUCUUGAUAUAUCAAAUUGGCAACGUGGUAAGUAAGUAAUGACAAGUGAUAGGGAUAAAAUUCUUAAUUGCUGUGUAUUAUCAGGAAUUUACACCUUUCUCAGUUCCUAUUCCCAUUGGCCAGUAAUCAACAUGUAUUAAAGUUUAUGCUCUUGUAAAUCAAAAAUAUUAUUUGAUGUGUAAAUCAUUGAACAAAUGACUAACUGCUUGUCUUAUUUGUCUCUAUCCUCCCAAAACACCUUUCCAUUUUGGUUGGAUGGAAGUCUGAAGUCUCCCAUAGGCAUUUGAGAAAGAGCGCCAUCUCUUGUUUAUGCUAAGAUAAUACUAACUUGUUGUGCCUGGCACUUCUACACUGCUGCAUAAUAAGAAAAAAAUUGAAGUAAUUUGAAUUCAUCAAAUACCAAACUGUUACUCAAUUAAAAUGCUGCUUCCUUUCUGACUACACCUGUUGAGUUGUAAACUUACAUGUAUUACCCCCAUACAUUUUUUUUAAAGGGAUGAUACAUGUGUGAAACAGUCUGCCAGAAAAGGUACUUUAAUACUGCUUCUUCAAUGUAUUUGAAGAUAGACUUGAUAAGCAUUGGGAGACGAUUGCCGAUGAUUAUGAGUGAUUUUUUUAAAAGUGAUUUCAUGUAUUUUUUUAGUUUGCUUUUGCUGUCCACCGUACCCCUGCCACCCCUCCCUGCAAACACAGGUAGUACAUUUAAAAGGAGAGCAGCAAUGGACAUUUCUACUUUGAUCGGUCCUAUGUAAUAAUAAUAAUGAUAAUGAUAAUGAUAAUGAUAAUGAUAAUGAUAAUGAUAAUGAUAAUGAUAAUGAUAAUGAUAAUGAUAUUGAUAUUGAUAAUGAUAAUAUAGGAUUCGUAUAGUGCACAUAUCCACCUUGCUAGGUGCUCAGGGCGCUCCUAUGAUACCCUGGCUAAGCUAGUCUACCGAUUUUGGUGCGCACAGCUUUUUGAGGAAUGUACAAUAUGUACAACAUUGUUGGAGUAAAGUAAAGUUAAGCAAAGUGAAGUAAGUAAGUAAGUAAAGUGAAGUAAAGUAAAGUG